UGACAACAAGCAACAAAUACAUUAGCAAUUCUCGCAAGGAGUUGUGAUCGUUUUCGUGUGUGACUCGUUACAGCCUCGUCGCCCCUUGCAAGACGAGGCUCACCAGGCUGAGCCAAGCCGCCCUUGGAGAAGCCACCUCGCCUCGUCGUAACUUUUUGGUCCUGCGGGCGCAACUAACUUCUUAGGAGUUCUCAUCCAAAGAGUCCACCAACAUUGCACUCGUCCGAUCUUUUGUUUCUUGGGGAGUUUAUUUUCUGCUUGAAAGGGUUCUUUCCAUUUGGUCUGAUCCAGCGUCUGGUUUUCAACCCUUGUCCGCCCUUUCCACGAUAACCGCAACGCAGGCCAAGCGGCUUGCGACUCCUCGCCCACCAUGUCUGGAGAGUACAACUACGAUGACCAGGGGCAAUUUUUCCCUUUCUUCAUGCUGACCAUGGCCGGCUUGGUGACGAUUCCUCUUACAUACAACGUCCUAAAACCCUCCACAGACCUCGAACAAACCGCAGCGCGGAUAAAAUCAGACUUCAAGCCGAAACAUGGCGAUCUCAUAGAGGCACAAAGAAAGAAGCGGAAAAGAAGGGAUAGGAAGACGAAGCGCAUCAUCGCGGUGAUUUUGGGAUAUGCAUUCAUGGCAUAUAUGGUGUAUCUCAUCAUCGUCACCCAGAGAACAGUUCCCCAGAUUUGGGAUCCUUAUGACAUUCUGGGCGUGAAGAGGAGCGCUACUGAGCAGGAAAUCAACAAAUUCUACAAGAGACUUUCGGUCAAAUUCCACCCGGACAAAGCGCGACCAGACCCUGCGAAGAACGAGACCCUCGAAAGUAUCAAUGACCGCUGGGUCGAAAUGACCAAAGCGUACAAGGCGUUGACAGAUGAAGAGAUCAGGAACAACUAUUUGCAGUAUGGCAACCCAGAUGGGAGACAGUCCACAAGUAUAGGCAUUGCACUGCCGAAGUGGAUGGUCGAGGAAGGCAACCGGUGGUUUGUCGUUGCAUUUUACGGUAUCCUCUUGGGGAUCAUUCUACCCUACACACUUGGAAAAUGGUGGUAUGGAACACAAGCUCUUACCAAGGACAAAGUCCUCCACGCCAGUGCUGGCAACCUGUUCAGAGAAUGGAAGGAAGACAUAUCAGAAGGUGGUGUUGUUGCGGCUACUAGUGUUGGUGAAGAAUUCAAGGAGACCUUGAAGGAAUCAAGAAGUGAUGCUGGAGCCGCCAAAGUCGAAGGCAAGGUGCUCAACAGUUCAGCCCUCACCGAUGCAGACAAGGCUCGCCUAAAAUCUAUCGACGACCCUGUACGACGAAAGACCCUAGCCUUGCUCUGGGCCUACCUUGCGCGCAUCGAACUCGAAGAUACAGAGCUCGAGAAGGAGAAGUACGAAGUCGCGCCGACGGCUCUGUUGUUGAACAAUUCUUUCGCCUCGGUGACAUUACCUUUCCAGGUUGUCAAACCACUUCUGGCCGCAUACCACACCUCCCAGAACAUCAUCCAAGCAGUACCUCCGAGUGCUUCACCACUUCUGCAACUACCAAACUUCACCCCAGCGAUCGCUGCUAAAAUUACCGCAUCUCCCAAAUCACCCUCUACCCUGCAAAAGUUCAUGUCUCUACCACCAACUGUGAGGCGAAGCUUGUGCUCCGACAUGUCCGAAGAACAAUACAACCAAGCGAUGCAAGUAGCGUCGCAAAUACCUCAUCUACAAAUCGCAAAAGCCUUCUUCAAAGUCGUCGGUGAGCGAGUCAUCACACCUGGUUCGCUAGUGCAACUAGUCAUCAAAGCCCGCGUCAUCCCACCUGGAACUAAGGAUGUGCCACCCGUCGACCCCCUCGAUCUUGAGGACAUCGACCCCGACGAAGGCGAUUUAGAUGCCCUGCACGGGCGCAAACCCGCCAAAUCGAAGCGUCGCAAGACGUUGGAUGGGAAAGUCAUCGAAGAUGAGUCAAAAGAAGGCUCGAUCCAACCUCCGCUCGCUCAUGCCCCGUAUUUUGCAGCAGACCAUGCACCGCGGUGGCAUGUCUUCCUGGCAGAAGCGCGGUCAGGACGAAUCUCCGUUCCGCCAUUUACAUUUACAGCGUUCGACAAGCCCAUUUUUAACUCGGAUGGCACGCCUUCGUUCAACGUGUUGACGUUCAAGUGUCCCUUCCAAGCGCCACCGCAAAUUCACGCGUUCCCAUUCGUUCUGCACCUUAUCUGUGACAGCUACAUCGGGCUGGACUCGAAGAUGGAUGUUGUUCUGGACGUGAGGGAUCCGAGCGAGGCGAAUGCCGUGGAGAGUGACGAUGAAAUUAGUGAACCUGAUGAAGAUACACUAGCAGGCCAACUCCAGGCCAUGAAGACCGGCGGCCUAAGCGGAGCCCCGACCACGACCAGAAAGAAGAAGAAGAGGACGGCAAGUCAAGCUGACGUGCCCGUCGCGCAUACCGUAGACGCCGCGGCCGAUGGUGAGGAUGAUGAUGAAAGCGAUACCGAGGGCGAUGAGAGUGACGAUACUUCUGACACGGAUACCGAGACCGAGGAUGAGGAUUCUUAGGCUCAGUCUGUGUUUCCAUCUUUUUCAUCGUGAAGCGAGGUCAGAUAACAUUUGUACCAUACAUUUCUGUAUGUAUUACCAUCCAAAGCCGCAUCACUACCUAUUGCUUGCCUAAGUAUUCAUGGAUAACAUGACGCGCGAGACGAUAGAAAGACCAGCAUAUUCAUAGGGGCCAUGUUGCAUAAAACUUCAGUGUCAUGAAACCUAUAGUAGCAGGUGCAGCUUAUGUAGGAAG